AUGGUCCUCUUCAUUUCUGCAGAUAUCAUCCCAGUUGCUGGUUCUGCUGCUGACGAUUAUAAUGAUGAUGAUGAUGAUGCUGAUGAUGAUUCGGAAGAUGACGAUGAUGAUGAUGAUGAUGAUUCGGAAGGUGAUGAUGAUGAGGAGGAGGAGGAGGAAGAGGAGAUAAGCAUUAUGCUGGUCAACAAAUGGAGUGAUAAUCAAUGGCUCAAUAUCGGUCUCUCCGACGGGUGGCCCACUUUAUCCGUUCAACUUCCAGUGACCGGAGUGUUAGAUCCCGCGAAAACCACAAGUCAAACACCGGCAAGACAACCGAGUCCGGUUCAAGCGACCAAACGGUUGGUUGAACUGGAUAUUCGUGUUCCACCAAGCAGACGUAGUGGUGGUGGUGGUGCGGUCCGUCUGGACGACAAUCAAUGGCACGAGAUUCGGCUACAUCGUACUGGAAAAGCAUUGCGACUGACGGUGGACGGUGAACUUCUGGUCUAUCGACGUCUGGCGGGUGAGCAACAGAUGACGAGCCUCUUACGAACGCACACCAUUACGCUGGGCGGAUCGGUGAAUGUUGUCGGCCUCGGUUACGAUGUCAGUCCGAGGGCGCACUGGGACACGUUCAAAGGUCGUAUGAUUAAGGCGUUAUUCAGUGCGGAUGGACUGACCAUGGAUAUUUUGAGGUACACCAAAACGGAGCAACAUGGAUUUCGUAUCGUUUCGAAUGAUCUUAGUUCCGAUGAAGCAGUACUAUUUGAUGAACAAUGUCAGAAGACUGUUGCGCAACUGGAUAGUACAUCAAGUGGACCGAUUCACGGCGGGGUGUCAUUCCGUCAGCGUGAUUUGCAAAAUGCAUACAUUAAAUUACGUCUGCCGUCCAGUUCUGUUCAAAAAGACCUUAGACAGUACUUGCCCGGUGAUCAUGUGACAGAAGGUUGGAUCAAUAUUGUCGUGAAUUGCAAAACAACGGAAACCGAAGGUGGUCUGCUUUUUCUGCUCGAACCGGCUGCAUUUGUUUUCGCUCGACAGACCUCGCUAGACACGGUUCCACUCGCAACGGACCGAGUAGCAGCAGAUCGGAUGCGGCUGCUCGGUGCGGAGUUUCGUAAUCGAACACUGAACCUAAUUGUCCAGACAAGUUUGACGCAUUCCUACAUCCAUACCAUGGAUCUGCCGGUUAGUGGAGCAGGGAACAUCCAACUGGAAGUGGCAUAUCAGAUUGUCCAGCUCACAGAUGAUGCACCCACAGAAACCGAGUGGCCCAUUGUUCGAGUUCGCUUGAAUCCGGAUGACACUUGGAUCCACAUUGGGCCGGGAAAACUGAAGCCCCGAAAUUUGGAACUAAUAUCGAAGGAGGUGGCAGAAAGUUAUCUGGAAAACGAGAACCGAAAAUUGCAUGUUCUGCCUCAAGACAAGGCUGUGACGUGGUUCGGAAGAGACAUGUGGCUUGGUGGAAUGAACUUCAGUCACAGCUCUUCUGGCCUGAUGCGAUAUGCGAAAUUGUCACUAGCUCAUUUGUAUUUAUCCGGACACUGUGCGGUUGGUAGCAAGCAUUCACCAAGUGUGACCGUGAACGGGAUCCCGAUCGAUUUGGUCACCUACGUGAAUGCUCAUCACAAAUCACGUGGACUGAAUCACAACACCACGGCAGGGGACCACGGGAUCGGAGUAAUUCAGGUCGGGUGUGCCGACCGACCCCAAGGUGAGGUCACAUGUGUCGAUGCGAAUUCCAUUGGUUUCUCCCGAUCGGGACCCUCGCUUGUGAUGUGUCGGAACAAUGCGCGUUGUGCGCCCGGUUGGAAUCGAGUGAUCUGUGACUGUUUUGGAACACUACAUACGGGACCGACAUGUGAGAGGGCCACAAAUAUUUUGGGAUUUAACGGUCGUCAACUGGUCCGACUUGGAUCCCCGGACUGCGGUCGAUCUCGGAUGGAAAAUAUCCUAUUUGCUUUUCGUACGGACCAGAGAAAUGUUUUUCUCCUAUCCACCAGUCCAUCGGAAUACAGGCUCCAGGCACAGAUUCCCUCAUCCACAAGUUCCGACAGAUCACACUCGGAUGAAUCCAGUCUGGUGGUGAAAAGACUUCUGGGCCAGUUAUUCAACCAGUCCACACGAAUGGAGCUGUCACUGGUCAAUGGACAAGUGCAAAUCACGUACAAGAUACAUGGUAGUGAAUUGAUGUUUCAGUUGCCCAAAGAUGUAGCCAAUAACGAAUGGCAUGUACUGAAACUGCAUCGAAAUGACUACGUGUUGACCACGGAACUUGAUGGAGUCCGUUCAACCCGAAUACGAUCCGGAUCCCAUGACAGCUGGAUUUUGGAAUCAACCGCUCUCAUCUAUUCGGCAACCGAGACAUCCUCGAUAGUCGUGAAACAAACGAAAGUUGUCACAAACACCUCGACUCGGGAAAGACGCAUUCAAUUGUCUGCAUAUCCGGUACAAUUUCAAGGGACCGAUCGGUGGUGCUCUGUCGGGUUAUUUACACAUCGUGGAACCAUUGAACUACCACUGCGCCUGGGAGUUCGUACCUGGGCGUCGGAUGGAUUGUUAAUGUUGAACACGGAUCGGCAAGGAGGCCGCUUUUUACAUUUGGCUUUAAAAUCUGGACAGGUUCGGCUGGCGAUCAAGUUGGCUGGAAGUCAGACGGAACUUGCAAAAGUAGACAUAAAAAUCAAUGACGGAAGAUGGCAUUUCAUAACGAUUUCCAGGUUAGGUUCUGUCAUCGAGCGCGUUUAUACCGUUGCGGGUUGUCUUGGUGGCUUCUCCAUGAAUGACCGGCCGGCAGUAGACAUGCUACGAGAGUUUCAAGUUCCCGCGGACCUCACACAUGUGAAAUGCAAGAAUGCGCCGUCCCCCGGUUGUCAAGAGUUUACCAAUCCGAGCAACCAAUGUGCAACCACAGUACCAACCCGACCGACAAAACUCACCACAUUCAAUUCGAUCCCCUGGUUGUCCGAUUGGAAACAACAGCCUGGUUCGCCGUGCAAGAACGCGGGCGAAUGUUUCGAGUUGUGGGGGAAUGUUCGAUGUCGUUGCGAGAAAACCACGUUCAAAGGAGCUCAAUGUAACCAGGAUAUUGAGCCACCUGAUACUACUGAUGAACAGAAUGUCGAACAACAAGCUGCUACGGAAGACUUACCUGUGAAUGAACAAGUCCUACGAAGGUCUGAACGACUGAGUGCGAAGCCAUGA